AUGUCACCUCACGCUAUUGAUCCCCUCUCACCUCACGCCUUGUUUGCCCGUGCCGGCUCAAACUGUAAAGAAUGUCCGCAAGAAGCUCCUUCUUGUGAUUGCCCAUCCGGCACAACAUGCAUGAUGACAGCACAGUCAUGCAACGAGUGCGCAUCUGUAAACUGUGUCAAAACAUCCACAGGCAGUUCCUCAGGCUCACAGGAGAGUUCAUCUAGUGGGGACGGAGGAGGAGGAGGAGGAGGGGGAGGAACCAACGCGGGCGCCAUUGCGGGUGGUGUUAUUGGAGGCCUUGCGGUGGUUGGAAUCAUCACAUUUCUGAUCUGGUGGUUUGUCAUCCGCAAAAAGCGCCAACAACAAUCAGACGAGUCGGAAAAGAGCUCGUACGCCCCCCGUGCUGCUGGCAGCGCCGCCAGUGGUGCGCAGUCAAGGAAAUCAACUCACUCAAUUGCGUCAACCGUUUUGACUCGAGCGUCGAAUGUUAUUCAAAUCGCCUACAUUCCGGGCGUUACGAACCGAUCUCCUCCGGACACACCUCUCGUACCCCCUGUUCCUCCUCUUCCUGGCGCGUCGGCCGAUCAGCAUUUCUUCAUGCCUGGAGAUCUCCGCGACUCGUCCUGGUCUGAUAUGACGACCGAUCGCCGUUCCAUGGCCAACACUCUACGAAGCAGUGUCGCCACGACUAUCUACCGCAACGAUGCUAUCGUGAGCCCUAUCCCUGCUCAGCAGGUGACACGUACUCGUGCUGCCAUGGUUAACGUUCAAAAUGGUGCUUCACCUCAGACACUGGGCCCUGAUGCUCCCGCUGUUCCUGCUAUCACCCAGUCGCAGCUCGCCAAGGCAGGAGUUACCGACGCGAACAACAACAGCUCAAUUGUGGGCCGUGCUGUCACUGCUAAACCCGUCAUGGUGAAGACUCUUGGAAAGAAGAACAACGCGGCGAAAUCGCCUGUCCAGCCUAUUGCGGAGCAACCUGAAUCUAGUCCCGAACCCUCGUCCAGCAGUUCUCUUGUUGGCGCAACCGAGAACAACACACCCAACAACGCCGAGACGACAAGGCGAUCUAAAGUCCCAACAGUGAUCGAAGACUCACCAGCUAUUAUCCAAAGCCCCUUCAACGACCAAGCCGAAACACCAACCGAGACAGACAACAAACGUAACUCGGCCUUCUUAGACGGGUCCGACGCAAGCACGAAGCGACACAGCGGAGCACACCCUCCCCGUGGAGAGAGUCCCUUCGCAGAUGCAAAUGAAGUGAAAUAA